GCGGGCCCAUCUCCUUGGCAACCAAAGGGACGCUUUCUCCUUAGCAACCAGCGAGGCUCCCACCAUGGCUGAAGAAGAGGAAGUUGCUGCCCGGACUGAGAAAGUUAUCCGGAUCCAGAGGGUGUUUAUAAACCUGCUGGACUCAUACAGCAGCAGAAACAUCGGGAAGUUUCUUUCUAACUCUGUCGUCGGGGCUUCACUUGAAGAAAUUACCGAAGAGGAGGAAGAGCACGGUGAAGAUAAAUCAGCGGUGCCAGAAGCCUCCUCAGCCAACCUGAAGGAAGGCACGUUCCAGAUAGUGGGCACACUUUCCACGCUCGAAACCCCCUGCCCCAGCUUUGCCGUGGAGACCUACUAUGCUAUCUCUCGAGAAGACCUUCUCAUGCACCUGCUGGAGUGUGAUGUUAUCAUUUAUAACAUCACUGAGAACCCCCAGCAAGUGGAGGAAGCCAUCUGGGCAGUCUCUGCCCUGAAUGAAGAAAUCAGCCAUUUCGAAAAGCGGAAGGUGUUUAUUUUAGUGUCCACGGUGAUGACCUGGGCGCGGUCCAAACCCCUGGACCCAGAUGAUUCUGAGAUUCCAUUUACUGAAGAGGAUUAUCGAAGAAGAAAGCACCAUCCUAAUUUUCUGGACCACAUAAAUGCUGAAAAAACGGUUCUCAAGUUUGGGAAAAAGGUCAGAAAAUUUGCCACUUACGUAGUUGCUGCUGGACUUCAGUAUGGAAUGGAAGGAGGCAUCUUACAUGCUUUUUUUAAGCUAGCUUGGUCGGGUGAGGUGCCUGCAUUACCAGUUUUUGGAGAUGGAACAAAUGUAAUUCCAGCAAUUCAUGUUCUUGAUCUAGCAGGAGUGAUACAGAACGUCAUAGACCACGUGCCAAAGUUCCGUUACCUGGUGGCUGUGGACGAGGCAGUUCAUACGCUGGAAGACUUUGUCAAGUGCAUCAGUAAAAGUACUGGCCCUGGGAAAAUCCAUAAAGUACCCAAAGAAAAUGCUUUCCUAACCAAGGACUUAACACAAGAGGAUAUUGACCAUUUACUGGUCAAUUUGAGAAUGGAAACACUCUUUGUGAAGGAAAAUUUUAACAUUCGAUGGUUCGCCCAAGCAGGAUUUGUGGAAAAUAUCAACAGUAUCCUCAAAGAGUACAAGCAAAGCAGAAGAUUAUUGCCCAUCAAAAUUUGCAUUCUUGGUCCUCCUGCUGUGGGAAAAUCCAGCAUCGCUGAAGUGUUGUCCAAAUACUACAAACUGCAUCACAUUAAAUUGAAGGAUGUCAUUUCCGAAGCCAUAGCAAAACUGGAGGCGAUCAUUACACCUAAGGAUGUAGGGGAAGGAGGAGAAGAAGAAGGUGAAGAGGAGGAAGAAGAGGAGAACGUAGAGGAUGCUCAGGAGCUCUUGGAUGGCAUCAAGGAAAGCGCGGAGCAGGAUGCAGGUCGACUAGAAGAUGAAUAUAUAAUUAGAUUUAUAAAAGAAAAGCUAAAAUCCAUGCCUUGCAAGAAUCAAGGUUACAUUUUGGAUGGAUUCCCAAAGACCUAUGAUCAAGCCAAAGACCUGUUCAACCAAGAAGAGGAAGAGGAAGAAGCCAGAGGCAAAAUGUUUCCCUUUGAUAAAUUAAUCAUACCUGAAUUCGUUUGUUCGCUGGAUGCCUCAGAUGAGUUCCUCAAGGAGCGGGUGAUGAAUCUCCCCGAGAGCAUCGUGGCGGGGACCCACUACAGCCAGGGCCAGUUCCUCCGGGCUCUGAGCAACUACCGGGACGUCAACACUGAAGAUGAGACUGUCCUCAACUACUUUGACGAACUUGAAAUCCAUCCGAUACACAUUGAUGUAGGAAGACUCGAAGACGCUCAGAACAGACUUGCUAUCAGACAGCUCAUCAGAGAGAUUGGGGAGCCUCGCAAUUAUGGUUUAACGGAUGAAGAAAAGGCAGAAGAGGAGCGGAGGGCUGCCGAGGAACAGCUGGCCAAGGAGGCCAUGGAGGAGGCAGAGCGACAGCACAAGGAGGCUGCGGAGACCGCAGAGAAGAUCGCUCGCUGGGAGGCGUGGAGUAAACGACUAGAGGAAGUUAAAAGAGAAGAAAAAGAAUUACUGGAGGCCCAGUCUCUUCCCUUGAGAAACUAUUUAAUGACCCACGUUAUGCCAACCCUUAUGCAAGGUCUGAAUGAGUGUUGUAAGAUCAGACCCGAUGAUCCUGUUGAUUUUCUGGCAGAGUAUCUUUUCAAGAACAAUCCUGAAAUGCAGUGAAAUUUUAAAGAUCUCAUGUCAUAUACUUUUACAGAGCUGGAGAUGACUUUAACAUUGUAAUUUGAAAACUUGCUUUAAAAAAUGCUUUUCUACUUUUGGGGAAAUUCUUUUUUUCUCCCUGCAAACAAAUAUUUAAUUAAGUAGAUUUAUUAUAAAAAGCUCUAUGGCAACGAGUCACUACUUCAUUAAAACCAUAUUUUGAGAGGUAAAUUGUUAAAGUAUCUGUGCAUAGCUCAUGGGAUAAAUAUUGAUUUAAUAUUUCAUUCUUAGUCUGAGUAUUCUGUACACUAAUGUUUAUAGUAAUUUAACUUAUAGCAUGAAGAAAAUCAGACUAUAUAUUAUUCUAACAUGUAAGCUAAUGAAUUUAUGUGAUUUGUUAUGUCCCCAGUACCAUUGGUGUUAGAAAUGGAAAUAAAUUAGAACAGUUUAUGCUUUUUGAGUCACAGUAAGUCAGACAUGUUUGGUUUCUGCAAGGUUGCUUUUUGAGUUCAA